GUAACUAAGUAAAAGUGAAGGAAAACUAAAUUAAGUUAACCAAAGCUUAACUUAAAAGCGUACCAAAUGCAUGACGUGGCGGAACAAUGCGGCUGUCAACGACUUCUGUGCAAUAGGCUCACAAUGAGCUGAAGUGCCAAUGGAACGACGUAUUUGGUUGGCUAAUGCGCACAAUAUCCGUUUGGUGCUUCAUGUGGCGGCCAGUGUGCAUCUUGGCUAUGCGCUGUACUACGACUACAUGUAUGUGGAGCUGCCGGCGCUGGCCGUGGAGCUGCGGCUGGAACCACCCAUGGGUGGAAAGUUCAAGUACCUCACCUUUCUCACAGGAUUGCUCCAGACCGGAUACUAUCUUCUAGCGUUGGGACAGGAUUUGUGUCGUCUGCGUGCACUGCGACAAUUGCGGGACUAUCUGUUGGCCAGCUUGGUGGUGCCGCUAGCAUUGACGGUGAGUGUGACCUUCUGGACGCUGUGCGCCAUAAAUCGCGUAUCGAUCUAUCCGCCGUUCCUCGAUGAGGUAUAUCCCAAGUGGCUUAACCGGACCAUGCACUGCUAUGUGGUGAUCUAUGCGCUGCUGGAGCUCUGCACCACAGCACAUUGUUACCCGAACCGGGGCAAGGGAUACGCUGGACUGGCUGCAGUCAUGGGCUGCUAUCUGAUUUGGAUGCAUCUGGUGCAUUACUGGACCGGCAUCUGGAUCUAUCCCUUUCUGGACGCACUGUUCGGUCCGCUGCGCCUGUGCUUCUUUGCUUUGAUCGUGGCACUAUCCUUUGGCUACUACAGGCUCGGCGAGCACAUCAACUGUGUGCUCUGGGACAAUGGGCGCUAAGGACUAGAAUUCGCCCAACGUAAUAAAGCAAUUUCCGCUUCUCCAAUUCACGUUGACUGCUCGGCAGAGUUGGGGGUUGGCUAGGUGUAAAAUUUGCAUAGAAAUGCGCUCGAGUCGCGCUGCUCGAGGGCCAACGGAAAUUGAAGGCAAUAAUAAUGACAAUUGACUUGUCAAAAUGUUGGGAGUACGAGUUAAAAAAAAAAAAA